UAGUGUUAAAUUAAAAAAAUUAAUAUAAUAAUGGAACAACUCCCGGCAUACAAUUUUUUUAUCACAAUCACACUGAUGCUUGUUUUUUCGUAUAGAUUUUUUUUCUUUUGCAUUAUUUUUUAUUCUUAUGAAUUGUUACAACAAGUUAAAUCUAUCCGUUUAAAAACAUGUAAAGAUUACGAAAAUUUACAAUAAAAAUUCAUUCUUGUCAAGUACAGAGAGAUUCGGAAACGUUUUUAUGCGAAGCAGUGGCACCUGAAUCUUUAAAAGAAAAUGACGCUUGUUGGGGUGUCUGCAAUGUCAGUUGCAUCGUGGCGAGCAGAAGCAACACCGUCCUAUGAUUUUUCAACAUAUCCAGGAGAUAAAGGGUGUAACUCAAACACCAUUCGCUACUUAUGUAUUAUGAGACCAAGAUCAAUACAGUUGUGUUCAACUUUCCAACCGAAAUCUAUGAAAGACGGAGAUUCUUGUUGGACCGAAUGUGGUGAAAUGGAGUGUUUGAGAAAAUACUUGGUCAAUGCUGAUUAUGAUUUCGCUAAAGAAAGUAGUUCCUUCGAUUUCAAACUGGCAGAUUGCUCAUCUUAUUCAACUGGGCGUCGUUAUUGUCGUGCCAUAAAACUUAUCCCUUAGAACGGAAAUUGUAUGGCUUUAUUUUCAACCAUCGGUGUUGAUGGGUUACGAAGUUAAUAGUUUAUUUCUCAGUUUUCUUCAAUAACAAUUAAAUGACGUCUUUUGUCGUCGUGUCGACUAGUAAACACAAAAAGUCAACUUUUUCUUAAAAAAUAAUUAUUGCCCUAUUAUUCAAUCCAAAUAUUUUCCUUUGUUAUUAACAAUUUGACAUGUUUGCGAAGAUGCGUUCAUGAGGCUGCAGGAGAAAUUUAACGAGCGGCAUUAUGUGUAUUCUUAAAAAUACUUAUAGUGUUUUAUGAGCGGACUGUUUAAAAGCUCUAGUUCAAUGUCUACAGCAUGAUUCAAUAGUAAAAUCAGAAAGAGUUUUAGCAUACUUAAUACAAAAAAAACAGUAAGCUUUUUGCUCACACAUUCAUGUAAACUAAGAAAUAUUUUUUAAUAACAUCGAUCAAGACGAGGGGAUUUGGAGUGUUGAUUUCUUGAUGAGAAAUUCCUUUAACCAAAAACAGUUGGUUGUGCUAGUUGAUUAGCAGUGGAUCAUCCAGGAGUAUGUCUACAAAGUAUGUUGAUGAGUUUCCUAAGCUCUUUUUUUAGAUUUAGUACUGACAACUGUAGUGGAAAAUGUGAAGAGUUCAGUUCAAUUUUCCAAGCAUCGCUCCAACACAUUAUAAAUCAUUCAAAUCAACAGUAACAGAUUUUUUUAAAAACGUAAAGAAUAUGUUGUUUUUGAUGUAAAAGAUUCACUGUUUGAUCUUCCAUUUCAAAUAAUGUGAGUUGAACUCUAUCCGAGUUUAUGCAGUUUGUGUUUAAUUUUUACUUACAUUUGAGUCACGAAUGAUCCUUUGUUAUAAUGUUCAAAAGAAUGUGAGCGAGAUGUACGACAUCGAACUAGGUGCUAAGAAAUAAUUUUUUUUAAAACACAAUUUAAAAGGCUUAUUAUUUUUUUUUGUAGUAUUAAAUUUGUUGAUUUUUCUUUUACGGUAACAAAACGAUAUCCUACGGGGAACUGAAAUUCAAGAGCUGACAGUUUCUCUCCUAUGGUAUUAUGGGUCAAGUACUAGACAUAUUUUCUUGUUGAAACGACUACUCUUUUAUUG